AUGGCCACUAGCAACCUCCAUCAGUUGAUGGGGUCCUCCAAGAUACCUGAUGGAUUCCAGAGCAAAGCGGUGGCACCUCGUAAUCCAAAGCUGGUCAAAGAGGCAGAGAAGUCUGUAACUCUGACUCCCUCUGCCUUCUUGAAGGAGAUGUCUCUUACCACAGAGCAGAGGCUGGCCAGCACUCACGAAAUGAGGCGGCCCCGGAUUAUCCAACUUCUAGACAUGAGUGAAACCUCUCAUCAAAAGUUCUCAGCACUUGACCUGGAACAGAGCUUGUUUCAGCCUUUCCCGUCAGAGGUGGUAUUUCAGAACUACAUCCCUUGUGAGACCUAUGAAGUGCCACUGAUUCUGAGGAACAACGACAAGAUUCCUCGACUGGUGAAGGUAGUCUUGGAGAGUUCUCCUUACUUCAAGCUGAUCAGCCCCAAUGAUGUGUGUCAUAAGGUAGCACCUGGCAUGCCCUCAACUUUCCGCAUACUUUUCACCCCUGAGGAGAACAAGGAUUACUUCCACCAGGUUACCUGCAUCACAGAAAGGGAAAAGUUCAUUGUACCCGUCCGAGCUAUAGGUGCCCGAGCUAUCUUGGACUUCCCCGAUCAGCUGAACUUCUCUGUCUGUCCAGUCAAGUACGCUACCCAGAAAACUCUGCUGGUUCACAACAUUGGUAAUCGAGAGGCCCGCUACUGCAUCAGCACUCAGAGCCCUUUCUCUGCCGAUCCCUCUGUUGGGACUCUAGGGAUUGGUGACACCAUGCAAGUAACAGUGGAGUUUCACCCGCUGGAGACGGGAGAUCAUUCCAGAGCCCUGAUAGUCCACUACGACACAGGUGAAGAUAUUCAUACAAGCCUUUACGGAGCAGCUGUAGAUGUCAACAUCAGGCUGGACAAGAACUCUUUGAUAAUUGAGAAGACCUACCUCACACUGGCAAACCAGAGAGCUGUGGUCAUUCACAAUAGGAGUGAAAUCAUAGCCCACUUCCAGUGGAAGGCUUUUGCUACUCGAGAAGAGGAGGAUAGACAGAAAAUGAGGCUGUGUCGCAGACUGCAGAGCCAGGAAGAGGACGAGACAGACCGCUUUCUCGAGGAGUGCAGUGUGGACCCCACUCUCAGAGAACGACUUUCCAUUCUCUCCCGCACCUUCCAGAACCACCGGGCCAAGGUGAAAGGAGAUGCCAUGCUUUUCUCUGAUGACAUCUUCAGCAUUGAGCCAGUGGAAGGAGAUGUCUGGCCAAAUUCUACAGCUGAAAUUAAUGUGAUCUUUAAACCUCGAGAAGCCAGAGUCUAUCAACAAACUGUCUACUGCGACAUCUCAGGCCGCGAGACCAGGCUGCCCCUGCGCAUCAGAGGGGAGGGCGUAGGGCCCAAGCUCCGCUUCGGUUUUGACCAGCUCGACAUCGGGAAGGUCUUUGUCGGAUCGGCGCACAGCUACGAGGCAAUCCUGUUUAACAAAGGAGCCAUUGAUGCUCUCUUCAGCUUGGUCCCUCCAGCUACAGCUCUGGGCUCCUGCUUUACUUUUCACCCCCAGGAGGGCAUCAUUUUACCAGAGGGGCUUCAGGCCAUACAGAUCUCCUUCAGGUCAACCAUCCUGGGGGAGUUCACAGAAGAAUUUGGGUUCAGCGUGCAUGGAUCUCCCGAACCUGUGACCUUGACUAUCAGGGGCUGUGUCAUCGGACCGACUUUUCACUUCAGUGUGCCUUCCCUCGAUUUUGGGGAUGUCUCUUUUGGCUUUCCGUGCACCUUAUCCUGUUGCCUCAAUAACACGUCUUUGGUGCCCAUGACUUUCACUCUUCGCAUCCCUGGGGAUGGCCCUGGAGAGCCCAGUGUUACCAGCUUUGUUCAGAUCUCAGAUGACACCAGGCCAUCCUGGAGAAGGGGAGUUCAAGGUCGUGUCAAGCCAACAGAAUUUACCAUAACGCCCUGCAGGGGAACUGUCCGCUCCCAGGGACUCCUGGACAUCCAGGUCACCCUGUGCUCCAAUACUGUGAAAAAAUACGAGCUGGCCCUGGUGGUGGAUGUGGACGGUGUUGGCAAGGAGGUGUUGGCACUCCUCCUCACAGCAAGAUGUGUAGUUCCUUCGCUGCAGGUGCUCAACCCCGUUGUGAAGUUUGGACGGUGCUUCCUAAAAUUCCCUUAUCGGCAAACACUGACCCUGGUGAACGACAGCGAUCUUCCGGGCUGCUAUGGGGUUCUUCCGCAGGAGCACAAGGAUGCUGCUGCUGUGUGGUACUUCAGCCCGCUACCUUGUGGGAUUAUCCAGCCUCACAGCUCGGUGGAGAUCCCAUUUACACUGGAAGCCCAAGUGAUGGGAGAGAAGGACACAGUUGCUCACAUCGCAGUGUUUGGGAGUGAAGGAUUCCCUUUGAAGAUCCAUUUACUGAGCACUGGAGAAGGCCCAGUUGUCCACGUGUACCCAAGUAAGAUAGAUUUUGGCAAUAUCCAAGUUCUACAAGAUGCGUCGCAGACACUCCACCUCUCCAAUCAGACUCUAAUCCCCGCAUCAUUCUGGGCACAGAUGGCUGGCAAAAACUCACGCUGGAGGAUUGAACCCAGUGAAGGAGUGGUUCCCCCCGAGACAGAGGUGUCUGUGAGUCUCAUAGCCAACUUGGACGAUACAGAGAAAUUCAACGACAAGGUGAACUUGUGCAUAGAGCACAACAGCACCUGCGAGAUCCCAGUCCAGGCUGUUGGCAUUGGCACCACGAUCGUCACUGACAAACCCUUUGCUCCAGAGCUCAACCUGGGACCUCACUUCAGUCAGGAACCCUGCUAUUACCGCUUCAAGAUAACGAACCGGGGACGUCGCACCCAUCAGCUGUACUGGACAACAGAAGGCUUCGCCCCAUUUCGCCAACGGGAUCAUCUCCCUGCUCCCACUAACGCUAAAGGCAAAAAUUCUUCCCAGAGCCUCAGACCUGCAUCACCUAUUUUUAAGCUUCGACCGCUAAGGAUGGAGCUGACCCCGGGGAAGACUAUGGACAUGAUGCUGGAAGGCUUCUCCAGGACUGCCAAGGUAGCGAAGGAGCGGCUGCUGUGUCACGCCAUCAUAGGGAGCAAAACCGGGAAGAAAAAAAUAAUGCAAGUGGAUGUCACGUGUGAGUUCAUUGCUCCUGUUCUGCAAAUCUCCGCCAGAGAAAUCACUUUCCGGGUAGAGAAGGAAGCCAAUGAUGUCCUAACUCCUCAGUAUGAGCCUCUUAAUUUAAAAAACAUCUCUUCCUUGCCAGUCAGCGUUAUCCUGUCCUUAGAACAACCCUUCUCCCUCUGUGAUGUGGACCGGCAACCCAUCUAUGUAGAUGGUCGGGCCAUAAAGCUGGAAGUAGGAGAGGAACUUCAUCUUUCCAUCAAAUUUAACCCUGCUUUUCAUGAGGGUUUGGAUAUCCGGGUAGCAAAAGUGGCCCUGAUAAUACGGUUUGUUGAGCACUCUCAUGAGGAGCACAUUGCCCUUCGGGGAGAAGUGUACUUUCCGAAUCUCCGUUUCCAGACCACGGCCGUGAACUUUGGCUGCCUUUUGAAUGAUACUGAAGAUGUACGUUACAUCGAGAUGACCAACUGCAGCCCGCUUCUUGUCCGCUACAACUGGUCGUUCCUGACAGAGAGCCAUGCGAGCCAGAUGAGGUUCAGCCCUCCAAGACCUAAAUUUUUCAUUGAGCCCCAAUCACCGAAGGAGGAGGAAGCUCGGACGGAGCAAUUGGCGGCUGUGGAGAACGACGGCUUUGUGAGAAGCUUCAGGGACGCAAACGCGGAGAAGAAAGCUCAUGGCAUGAGGGCAGCGGGGGAUCGUGCCCAAGAGCCUGCAGGCCCAAAGGACUCCCCAGACACGAAGCCACUAAUAUCCGCUGCUAAGGAGGAGAAAAACACUGCAAAGACUCAGAAUCUAAUGGGGGUCAAGGAAUUGCUACCAGUCACGGAGAGCAAGCCGUUCGCCUUGGGGGUAGAGGAGGUUUUUGACAUCCUGCCACUGUACGGCACGCUGCAGCCAGGCGAGAGCCAGCAAGUCACGUUCACCUUCUAUGGCCACGCGAACAUUGUCGCCCGCGUCACGGCGCAGUGCAAAGUGGAGGGCGGCCCAACUUACGAGAUCGCACUCAGCGGGGAGGCUUCGCUCAUCAACUACCUGUUUGACGUAAAGGCGAUUGACUGCGGGCUGCAGCUGUUUAAUGAGGUCUCUGAAAUGAAGCUCACCCUGCAGAACAGCGGGAAGGUGCGAUUCAAGUAUGUGGUGCUAAGCGCCAGCACGGCCUCUGCAGACAACCCUCUGCCCGGCGUGCCCCUGGUCGUGCCUGCCACGGGUUAUGUUGGAUCUGGCAAGGAACAGGUACUGAAAGUCUAUUACCUGCCUGGAGUGCCUGGAGACUUCUACAGGACUUUUCAGAUCCAAGUGGGUCACCUUGAGCCAGAAGAAAUCUCCCUGAAAGGAGAGGGGAUCUUUCCCAGGAUCUACGUGGGUCUGCCCAGAAACAUCAAAGGAAAUGUAAAAUAUGAGAAGCUCCUCAAGAAGGCAAAAGAAAAGUUGAAAAAAGGCAAUCGGAGAGAGGAAGCCAUCGUUCUGCAGAAGGCCACGACUGUAGAGCGGCACACGGACUCAGACUCCCUGUUUAACACGUGGCUGCUGAUGGAAAUGGAGCGAGUACUCAUAGAGGAGCAUGCCCUGAAGCAGCAGGAAGCUUUUACCUCCUGUCCCACAGAGGACCCUGCUUUGGGCCAGCAGGCUCGUCAACGGCUUGUCAAAGCUCAGCUGCCUGAGUACAUCCUGGACUUCGGCUACAUCAUUCUAGGUAAUGCCCAAACACACAUCGUGAAGAUCACCAACACCGGCCAGUUCCCUGUGUCCUUCCAUGCAGAUGUACGGGCCCUGCGUGACACAGGUUUCAGCAUUGAACUGCACCGCGUGAAGCACCUGCCAUUCUGUGAGACCGAAAUGUUCACAGUGCGCUUUGAUUCGCAAAGUGCCAACCUACCCCUGGGACAGGUGAAAGCACUCCUGCCCAUCAAGGUGACAGGUGGACCCACGUUUCACAUAUGCCUUCGUGCCAUGGUGACUGUGCCAUCCCUCUGCCUCUCCUGUGACAGACUGGAAUUCUCCAGUGUCCAGUGUGGGCAGUGUCAAGAAAAAACCAUCCAGCUCCAAAAUUGCUGCCAGAUCGCCUGCAGAUGGUUCAUCAGUAUGAACGAGCACGUUAAGAAGGUGGACAAACAUUUGCCAGUGAACCUGCGUCGGAAGCUGCGUGAGGAGUUAAGGACCAAGACCCCUGUCUUUCAGGUGCUGCCCUCAAGUGGAAACCUCACUCCAGGACAGCGAUGCAACCUGCAAGUGAGGUUUUCACCUAGCGAAGAGAGGGCCUACAGCACCCGUCUGAAGGUUAACAUUUGCCAGAGUAACCUGCACCCUGAGCUACAGCUCUUAGGGCAUGGACUGGAGCCGCGACUGGACUUCAGCCCCCCAGUGCUCGAGCUGGGCCCACUGCUGCCAUACAGCAAGGGGGUGCAGGCCACCGUUGUGGUGAAGAACCCAUGCGAUUUCCCCAUUGAGUUCUACUCUUUGGACUUCGACCAGGAGUACCUCACUGAGGAGCUGAUCCUGCGUAUGCUGCAGGACUACGAUUGCCACAACACCUUACUGCUGCCGCCCCGUGCCCCAGGCGAGAAGCUGCCCCCGGAGGUGCUGGAGUACUAUGAGGACCAGAAGAGGCUGCAGGACGAGCAGGCCGAGUCCAAGCCUGUGGAAUCAACUGGUUGUGAGAAUGAAAACUCUGAAGACAUCCAGUCUCCCUCAGAUCAAGAAGGAAAGUACCCUACCGGGGUCGUUCAUACUGUCUCAUCGCACACCUCCAUCAUUCCCCCCUCCUUUUUUGAUGAAAGCCAGUUCAACAAGGUGGACUUCAAAUUGGAGCAUGAAGAAGAGGAGGAGGAAGAUAUUGAGAAAAAACACAGGCCAGAGGAGCAUCAGCAAAAACACACCAGCAGCAAGGAGGCCGUGGGAGAAUUAGACAGCAGCCCUGUCAAAAGAGCCAUCGCACGCUACCUUGGCAUCGAUAUCUCUCCAGAAGGCCGCGCUGCCGAAAAACGCAGAGGGAUUGUUGUCAUCAUCCACGGGGCACCUCUAACAGGAAAGACGUCGGCUGCGACUGCCCUGUCUAAAUACUACGGUGUUCCCUGCUUGUCCAUCGACUCUGUGGUGACAAAAGCCAUCUCUCAGAGGAGCAGUUCGGCAGGGCUCCGUGCGCGGGAACUGUGUAUCGAGGCUGCAGUCAGUCAGGCCCACGAGGACCCAGAGGAUGCUGGUAAGCCUUCAGCCCAGCAAAAUGCUGGGCCCAGAGCACUACUUCAAACACUAACUCCCAUCAUCCAGUUUUUCCUUUUUCUCCCUAUAAGGAGAAGGGGCUUUUGGCAGCUCCUGCCUGUUCUAGGGAACAAUCAACACGCAGAUCUCUGCAGCUUGCCACUCAGCGCACGGGCGAAUGGUCCAUGCAGCUCCGCGGGCAAAGCUGUCCUACAGCCCGUCAGUGCCCGAGGCCGGGGGAACCAGGGAGUGGGCAAGGGGAAGACGGAGGGCCACACACCCCAGCACCGGAAGCAGCACCAAACAGAUCAGCAAGGUCCAACCACCGAUGCCGAUGUAGCAGGAGAGACAGCUGCUAAGCCCUGUGUGCUUCCUGAGGACCUGCUGGAGACCAUCCUCUCAGAGAGGAUGCAGCUGAGUGACUGCUACCAGGGAGUGGUGUUUGAUGGCCUGGAGACCAUCUUUGCACACAACAUACAUUCUGCUCUCCUCUGCCUGCUCAGAGCUAUCAACAAUAGGCCUCACAUCUAUUUUGUGAACCUGUUCCAGGAUUAUGCUACCAUGAAAGCCAAGGAGAAGGACAAAAGAGAGCAAGAAGAACGGGAGCAGAAGGAAGCUGCCAUGAGGGAGAAGGCCCGCCUCCAGGAGCUGGAUGAGGAAGCGUAUGAUGCCCUCACUGAGGAGCAGAAAAGUCAUUUUGAUAAAGAGCUGCGACAAGUCCUGCGUGAGAGGAAAAAGAGGGAGAUGGAGAGGCUGGCUCGAGAGCUUGAGCAAAAGAAACAGCAGCAGCAGCAGGAGCUAGACCGCCUGAAGGAGGAAGAAGAGCUGAAGAAGAAGGCUAAGCGGUGGAAGAAGGAUCUUGGAAAAGAAAAAGACAUUGCCUCGGGAAGGAGAAGCCAGUUUGGAGCCAGGCAGGGUAUGAACACUUCCACCAGUAGUCGCUCAGAUAUCAAGCUGAAUGAAGGGGAUGACAGGAGAGGGUCUGCAAAGGAGCGCUCAGACUCUGUUUCAGGUGACAAGGAAGAUAAGAAAAAGCGGAACAAGACUGGCCUGCUAGAUGCCUGCCCGGUGGUGGUGGUGUCGCCCACAGGCCCGGAACAGGACAGAACAGAAAAAGAGGCCAUGAAUGAAGUUGAGAAGAUCUUGGCCCUGAGGUUUAAGCUCUACGAGGCCUCACAAAAGGGCAUCAUUCAUAUUUUGUCAUUCUGGGACCGAGUUCAGGGUAUCCUGCUUUCCCCUUUGGAGCAAGAGGAGGUCCAGCCUGAAGCAGAAGAGCAGCGCCAGCCUUCAUCCAGCCGCAGGAGCCGGAAGGACAGAGAGAAGGAGCGCCUGGAGAAAGAACGGUUGGAGAAGGAGCGCCUGGAGAAAGAACGUCUGGAGAAGGAGCGCCUGGAACAACUGAAGGCCCUUGAGGAGUCCAAGUUAUGUGGGCAGGAAAAGGAAGGUGCAGAAGGGGAAGGCAAAGACCAGCAUGCUGGGGUGCCUUACUUGGAGAUCCAGGUGCUGAGCUUGGAAGAUGCUAGUUGGAAGAAGAUCCUGGAGAGUGGCAAGCUGCCAGGCGUAGAGCAGAUCCUGGAUAGCCUGGGACUGGGUCCCUCAGGACCUCCCAUUCCUCCUCCAGCUUUUUACUCUGUGAUCCACUACCCAGAGAAGCGGAUGGCCCCGGCAGUGAGUGAAGCCCUCCAGCACUUUGUUUUUGUUGCACCAGAAGCUGCAACUGCAGAAGAAGAAAAGAAGGAUACAGAGAGUCUCACAGAUGCCCUCAUCAUGCCUGCAGUGAAGGUGCCAGAGGAGCAGGUCACCCCUACCAGAGGCAGGGCAAGGAAGGAGAAAGUUGAGGGCAGCCGAGAGUCUUCGAGGGACAAGCGCAGCACUGCCCGUGGCAGGAGAGGUCUGCAGGGACCGGCAUCAGGAGUACUCACACAUCACACGGAUGCAGACCAAAGCAGCGUCAGCAGGGACUCGUCCCCGGAGAAAAUCAUCAGAUUGACCAACUUCCGGUGGAUUGUGGCGGCCCAUGGGGAGGUUGUCCUGAAGAUACAUUUCAGCUCGAUUGUGCCAGGCCAGUUUGAUCAGACGUUUAACUUUGAGAUCCUGGGGACAGGCCGACUGUACCAGCUGUUCUGCAGGGGCACAUGCGUGUAUCCCACCAUCUGCCAGGACCCCCGGCUGGUGUUUCCUCACCGGAGGAAGAGCAAGGCGCGUAAUGACAUCAUCUUCAAGCAAUACGUCAUGGACACGGGCGUAUUCCACUUUGGCCCAUUGCUCUGCGGAAAGUCAAGACAGUGGUACAAGGCGUCUCGCUAUCCCAGUAACUGUGAGAAGAUAACCAUCCUCAACAUUACCCCCUUGGAAGCAGAGGUGCAUUUCUUUUUGGAGCACGAUGCCAACGCAGACACGUUCCUCUUUGAGCCUCCCAGGAUGACGCUGAAAGCUAAUGAGAAGCAGGAGCUGACCAUUUGGGCCUACCCCACUUCCUCUGGUGUUGUGGAAGACAGCCUUGUCUGCUGCAUUAAGGACAACCCUGAGCCGGUGGUCUUCCGCCUGUGCUGCCACGGAGUGCGGCUGGAGCUGGGACUCAACUGCAGACUGCUGAAUUUCGACAAGCUGCUUCUGCAUAGGAAGGACAGCAAGACACUGGUCCUGCAAAAUAGCACCCCGCUGCCUGCAGUGUGGAGGCUUAGUGGGGUGGAGAGCCUUGGUGAGGACUUCUCCGUAUCGCAAGACCAUGGCACCAUUGGCCCUUAUACGAAGUUCAGCCUGCAGCUACAUUUCAGGGCCUCGAAGGCUCUCAGUGUUAAGAAGACCAUCCGACUAGAGGUUUCAGAUGCAGAAAAUGUCCUGGGAAUUGUUCAGAUUGAAAACAUCCAAAUCCUUGCGGAGGCCUAUGAUGUUGCUCUGAACAUCACCUUUCCUAAAGUUGCAGAUAGUAAUCUGGAUUUUGGGAUCCUUAAAGUCAUGGAUGAAGCAAAGAUAACGCUGAAUCUAAAAAAUAAAGGGAAGUAUGAGAUUGCAUACAGUUUCACACUAGAAGCUGUGGAUACCAACAUACCAGACUUGACCUCGCACUUCACUAUCCAGCCGCAGAAGGGUGUGCUGACUGCAUCGGAGCGCCCUGCACAGGUCCAGAUGGUCUUCCACCCCAAGAGGGAGAUGAAAAUUGAGGACAAACCUAUCCUGCAAUGCCAGCUGAUUGAGCCCAAUGUCUCUGAAGGAGGAGAGACCAUCGCCGUCAUCCCAGUGAGGGUGUCGGCAAACGCUCUGUUCACCAAGUACAGCAUUUACCCUGCCUCGUUCAUCAACUUUGGAGCCAUAAUGAGUGGCACUAAGAAAAGCUGCACCUUCACGCUGGAGAACAAAGGCAUCCUCGAUUUUAAAUUCGUCAUCUGCAAAACAAUCCGGGAUGUGCCUGUCUUGCCAAGGAAAGGUGCCUCUCCUGUGAAAUACACCCACUCCCACGAGAGUGAAAACUUGAGCAAAAUCCCUCCCUCUCUCAGGCAAAGCAAGCAAACCGACUCUCUGCAAAAGGACGUGAACCCCGUUACGCAGGCUCGCAUCACUUUGGGCAUAUUCACAGUGUACCCUGGCUUUGGGUCCAUCCCUCCUGGGGGCCAGCAGGCGAUCACAGUGGAUUGCUACGCAGAUUCACUGGGGAUGUGUGAAGAGUACCUGUCCAUCGAUAUCAGCGACAGAGAUCCCAAGGACAAUCCCCUUGGCAUCCCUUAUACCCUGGCUGCCGAAUCCUGCCUCCCAGCAUUCGUGGUUGACGACAUAGGGUCCAUCUUUGAGGAGCAUCGUAUCUGCAGCAACAUCAACCUUUGCCACAUCCUGCAGACUGUGCAAGACAAGGGUGUGUUUGUCAUGGAUGAGAACAUGUUCAUCUUCACCAAUGUUCUGGUUGGGCACCAGGCCACAGCUCGCUUUAAGAUCUGCAAUGUGGACAAAAUACCCUGCGAUGUGGUCCUUUCCAUCAAACCAGCCUCCAGUAAGCUUAGCACCCAUGCUGGCGACGUUUUUGAGGUGGAUCCUGUUCGGAUGUGUGUGCCCAGUCACUCCCACGCCUUUGCUACAGUGACCUUCACUCCACAGACCAUGCAGAACUACCAGUGCACUUUUGAGGCUUGCCUUGAUGUCCUGGCAAGCCCUGCAGCAUUUAAACCACAAAGCCUGACAUUCACUAUCAGUGGAGAUGGGAAUCUGCCUCGGGUGACCAUCCUGCGCCCGGUCCUUCACAACAAGAGAGGGAACCCUCUGCUGCUCUUUAAAAAGCUGCUGCUAGGUCAUUCAGAGAAACUCCCUCUGAUCCUUCAUAACAGUGGCAUCAUACCUGUCCAGGUGAUGAUGGAUCUGUUGGAUGAAGAGGGAGUUUUCUUCCUGAAAGCCAGGCCCACCACACACUGCAUCUACCAGGCUCCAGCUACACAAGAGAGCUCUGCCGGAGAAGGGAGGAAGCCUCAUGCCACUUCCCUGGUCCUGCAUAAUGGGGAAUCAGCAGAGUUCGAUGUGCUUUUCAAACCCAAUCUGAUCCAACAUGUGGAGGGGAAGAUACGCCUGUCCAUAGUGGAUAACCCUUAUGAGGAGACCAACGUUUUGCUGGUGGGUGAAGGCUACCAGGAUGACUUCACGCUAGAUAACAUCCAUGGACUAGUUGCAGACAACAAUGAGGAGAACACAGAGGCGAAUCUGGAGGAAGACGUAAUUGAGGCUGCCAGAGUGGAUCACAUCCAGUUUGGAGGUUGUCACAUUGGGACACCCUACCAGGCGACCUUCACAAUCACCAAUCACAGCAACGUGGAGGCGAUGCGGUUCGAGUGGCUGGCAAGCACCCCAUUUCACUUCUCCCCCCAGGUGGGACACCUCCAUGCUGGCUGUGCUAAGGACAUCACAGUGACCUUGAAAUCAGAUGUCGCAGUCACCUUCAAAAUGCACCCUGUGAAGUGUAAGGUGGCUAAGAUCACCUUCCAGCUGCCAGCAGACCAGGUUCCCGACUGGGAUGACCGCUUGCACACUGUCAAGUGGGUAGAUGCCACGAGGGGCCAGCCAACCAAGUGGCCUGUCAAGAAGAAGGUGAUUGAGACAGACCCAGAGCCAGCUCACACUGUCCUGGAAGGGAGCAGCCGCGAGGUGGAGCUUUGCCUCAGUGCUGUCAUUGAUUAUGCUGAGUUCAAGCUGGAUAUGGAAAUGAUUCAGUUCAAGGAGACCAUGCUCUUCCAGACAAGGACUUUCACUUUCCACCUGUCCAAUACAGGGAAUGUGGCCCUAGAAUACACCUGGAUGGCAGAUGUGGAGGAUAAAAAAGCAGUCAGCUAUAGUGGAGAACUGCUCCUUACCAGUCCUGAAGGGGAUUUCCACUCCUCCACUUAUGAGGCCCCUGUGAAACUCCAGGCCAGCUGCUGUUCCAGCCAGUUGGGCUGCACUCUGGAGCAUGUCUCCUCCUCUCCAUGCUCCUCUCCGAGUACCAUCAACGUCACUCCGCAAUUUGCUGUAGAGCCCUGCAAUGGCACUAUCCCUGCUGGUCAGGAGCAGGUCUUCCAGAUGAAAUUCUCUCCAGUGGAUGUGGGGGAGUUUCAGAGCUGCAUGCUCUGCAGUAUUCCUAACCUGAAGCCAAAUCAGAAGGGCCCAGAAGUGGUUGUGAGGGGAAAGAGCCUGCUGCCACAUUGCCACUUUGAAUUGGAAGACUCUGACUACAUCACUGCAAACAGACGCAACCCAGACUUGCGGGGACCUAAGGGGACAACAUUAGAUCGUAACACAAGAGUGAUUGAGUUUUCAGCAGUUGGAGUGUGUAGCAGGAACAGCAGGGCCUUCCUGCUUAUGAACCCAACUAGUUCCACAUAUUCCUUCCAGUGGACUUGCCAAGACCCCGAAGCACCAAGAGAACAGCCGGCUUUCUCCUGCCUCACAGAGAAAGGUCAGAUCCAGCCAGAGAAGAAAGCAGAGAUCAAGUUUGAAUUCAUCCCUCAGCACCUGGACAUCACAGAAUCCUUCUGGGUUUUUACAAUCCCUGAGCAGAGUGUUUCAAUCCCGUUCCUGCUGGUGGGCAAUGCCACUGACCCACUAGUGUCUCUGGACAGAUCCCACCUGAACUUCCGCUCGCUUUUAGUCGGGCAUGAGAUGUACCAGACAAUCUACAUGAUCAACAGCGAGAAAGAGGCUUUCAGCUUUGCUUUCAGAGAAAAUUCUCUCUUCCCAGAGGGAUGCAAUGCCUACCUGAAAGUAGAGCCCCUGGAAGGCUCCAUCGCACCCCUUUCAAGGUGUUCCAUUACAAUCUUCCUCAUACCAAUACUAGAAGGAGAGGUGGUCUUCAACCUCAUAUGUGAUGUCAAGAGGAAGCCCCAGCCCCUCUCCUUGAAUAUCAAGGCUACUGCCUAUAGCAUGAACGUGUCUGUCAGAUUUGAGGACAGCGAUGGCUGUGUUGCUGAGCUCAGUGCACAGGAGAUCAACAUCAUUGACUUCAAGAAGGUGGAGUUAAAUGAAAACAUUCAAAACAUCUUCACCAUUAGCAAUACUGGAAAGUUGAGCUUCACCUUCUCCUGGGAACUUAGUGGCCCUCCAGCACGGAAACAGUUCCUUACCAUUACCCCUCAGAUGGGCACCGUGGAGGCUGAGGGGAAAGCAGAGACUCUGCUGACUUUCCACCCACGGAAGAUAUGCUCUGUAAAGAACGUAGAGCUGACGCUGCAGAUCAGCAGGGGCCCUACGUUCAUCUGUGCGUUGCUGGCUACCGUGGUGGUGCCCACUGUCCACUUCUCCUUCACCAAACUCAAUUUUGGGGCGUGCUUUGUCUACCAUGCCGGGAUGCUGCCUUCCCAGCAGACCCUCGUCAUCACUAACAAGGCAGACAAGGAUGUCAGCUUGAACUGCUUGUUCACCAGCACCGCACACCUGGAGGUGGACUUCCCGGGCUACGUGCUAUCCCCAGGAGGGACGGUGGAGGUGCCCAUCACGUUCUAUCCCAGAGAGGCCGUGUCUUACCAUGAGCUUGUCCCGUUUGAAAUCAAUGGUCUUUCCCAACAGACUAUUGAGGUCCGAGGAAGGGGCGCAGAAAUGAAGGUUGAUAUUGUGGAACCGCAAAGCAAAGUGGUGAAGUUAGGAGCCCUCUCCAUUGGACAGACAGUGAAGAAGCUUGUCACCAUAGCAAACAACAGUGCUGCUCCUCUCACUUUUAAACUCAAUUUCAUGUACACCAUGCCAGAGUUGCAAGAAGCUGGGGUUCUCUGCUUGAACCCCGCCAAUGAAAUAAGUCUGAAGCCCAAAGGAGAUACCUGUAAAGUGGAGGUGAUCUUCUCCCCAAAGCACCGCAUCCUGCCAUUCAGUGAAGAAGUAAUGUUGGAGUGCCAUGGCCUGGUGCGCUUCCUCUGCAUGGUACAGGGCUCCUGCCAGGGCAUCGAUGUGAGCUUGGACCGGGAACAUAUCAACUUUGGAGUGGUGCUGCAGCAGAGCCGCACUUGCCAACGCAUCCUCAUGCAGAACACAGGCGACAUAGGAGUCAAGUUUAAGUGGGCCAUCAAGAGCUUCAAGCCGGAUUUCUCCAUCAGCCCCACAAGGGGUUACAUCUCCCCAGGAAUGGAUAUCCCCUUACUUGUGACCUUCCACCCCUCCAAGUCAAGCCAGGCUAUCCAGUACGAUGGCCUGCAGUGCUUCAUCCAAGGCAGUGAGCCGCUCCGGCUCACACUAGCAGGAUGCUGCAUGGAGGUCCCAGCCACUAAAGAGACGCUGAAUUUCACAUGCGACGUGCGUGAGAAGCAGAGUCAGACCAUCCUCCUGUCCAACCCGAGCAACGAGCCCUGGACCAUGCAACCUGUCAUCGAGGGGCAACACUGGGAAGGGCCUGAAUUUUUCCAUCUAGAUGCUAGUCAACAAAACAAGCCCUACGAGAUCACUUACAAACCUCUAACCAUGACCUCUGAGAACAAGAAACAUCAGGGCUCCAUCUUCUUCCCCUUACCAGAUGGGACAGGCUUGCAGUACCUCCUGCAGGGAACUGCUGAGGCCCCAAAAUGUUCGGGGUCUAUUUUCCGAGAGGUACCGUGCAGGACUCCCUACACUGAGCUCAUCCCUGUCUCCAACUGGCUGAACAGACCACAGAGGUUUGUCGUUGUAGUGGACAUACUCAAACCAGAAAAGCUGGAAAGCAGUUCUGUGCUGCAGGGGCUGGAAUACAUUGAUGUGCCUGGCUUCACUCAGAAGGACUACAAGCUCACAUUCCUUUCAUACAAAGAAGGGAUAUUUAGCACAAUGGUGACCUUCCUCAACGAGGUGACUGAGGAGUACUUGUUCUAUAUGGCCACUUUCAAGGCUACUGCUUCAGGACCCAUCAGCACUAUUGAACUGGUCACCCCUAUUCGGGAGAGCGUGUCCUCAUCUGUCAGGGUGGACAACCCUCUAUCCAUCCCAGUGACGUUUGCUACCGAUUGCAAAGUGCCUGAAAUCAGCGUUCCCCCACUGUUCACUGUUCCUGCUUUGUCAGAGGCUGAUCUUGUCUUUGAGUACCAGCCCUUGAAAACUGGGGAGAGCACUGGGCACCUGGUGCUCCAAAGCAAUGACUUGGGCUCUUUCUGCUAUGACCUGAACCUGAAAGCCACUGCAAGCAGGCCGGAGAAGCCACUCUACUUCUGUACCGCACUGGGCUCUAACCAGACCAUGACUGCCAAAUUCAUUAACUAUGUCCGGCAGAAGACAGACUACGUCCUGCAGAGUGACUGCGCAGAUUUCCAGACAGAGAAAACCAUCAGCGUGGCCCCUGCCUGCGUGGGGGGCUCGGAGGUGGGUGUGGAGGUGACCUACGAGCCCUGCCAGCUGGGCGAAUCCAGAGCGACGCUGCUCCUCUCCUCCCCGCUCAGCGGCGAGUACAGCAUCCCGCUCUUCGGCCUCUCCAUCCCACCCAAGCCGCAGGGCCCCUUCCAAAUCAAGGCUGGCUGCAGCACCUCCAUCCCCUUCAAAAACGUCUUCCUGCAGCACAUGACCUUCAGGUACGACGUGGAGAACCCGGCGUUCACCGUCAGGGCUACCGAGAACUUGCGCUCUAAGAAAAACAUCUUCAUCACCGUCUCGUUUGAGGGCAGCCCGGCCGGCAGCAAGGCCCCUGUCACGAGCAAGCUGGUCGUCUCUUGCGCGCGGGCAGCCGGCCUGGGGGCGGACGUCUCCUGGGUGUACUACCUGCGGGGGAUCACCCCCGAGAAGUGACCUGCCGGCAGCGCCCUCGGGGGCAGCUGGAUUUUGGGAAGCCCUGAAGCGCCAGCGGCGCGGGGGCCGCGGAUCCCGCCGCCCCGGAGGGCCCUGCUGGCCGCAGGCGCGUCCGGCUGCACCCGGGGACGAUGGGGCUGCGCCGAGGAGGCUCCAGCUUUUUCCCCCCCCCGUCGUGGGCCGUGCUGACGACCUUCCCUGCAAGGCAAGCGGGUGCCCCUGCGGCAGGCCUCGCCCCCUCUGCGGAGCAGAGGCCGGCCGCUCUCCCGCUUCGCCCUUCUCUCCUGUACGGGGGGGUGUUUGGAAUAAAGCUGGGGAAGCCGA